CCCCUUCUCGGAUUCUCCUCCUCACCUUUCCGGUACAGCGAUUGCCAGGUUUUGUCUGCAACAUGGUUGACUGGAACUCACCGGAGGAGCUCGCGAAGGAGUCUCAGGCCUUCACCAACUUCAUGCAUGCCAUCCUCGGCCUGUAUGCUUGGGAAUGGACGACUUCACUUCCCUUUGACUGGGAAUUCGUCAGUGGCAAGAGGAAGUUCCGCUGGCCCAUGAUUUUCUACAUGGCAGGACGAUACUGUUUGUUAAUAGCGUUAAUCGGAAUUGCAAUCGCUCUGGACACUACGACACCGAUUAAUUGCCAGGCACUCUAUACCUUCAAUCAGCUUACCGGACAGUCCACGAUCGGAUUCGCCAGCAUCAACCUCGCGAUCAGGACAAUGGCCAUCUGGUCCCAGCAAAAGAAAAUCGUCAUUCCUUUAGUUAUCAUCAUCCUCGGCCACUGGUCGUUGAUUCUGCAAGGAAUUCAACUGACCGCCACUUUCGUCCCGGGCCAAGGCUGUGCGAUCAUCAGCACCAAGACCACCAUCCUCUCCGCCACAUUCAUUUACACCAUGGCAUUCGACCUCCUCGUCACGAUCCUGACGGCGUACAAGCUAAUCUUCGACAACCCAACCAACCAGAGGAGCUCACUGAUGAACAGGAUCUGGGGUGAUGGUCUGAUCUACUUCGUGGUCGCCUUCCUGGCAAACACACUUGCAACGACGUUCAUGGUCUUGAACCUGAGCCCUGUUAUGAGUAUCCUGUUCAAUGUACCAUCCGCAACUGCAUCGACUAUCGUCGCUUGUCGCGCUGUCCGACGUCUCACCACCUUCUCUAACCAGGGAGCCGAAGUAUUUUCAAGCUCUGGACAGCACUCUGGCGCCCGCUUUCCCAACAGCGGCACAACACGUCCUGUCAUGACGUCCGUAUCGAUGGUUGGUGGCAGAAAGAACAAGACAGAGGGCGUGCACGUGCAGAUGGAAACAUUCACUAUCGCUGAGGGAGACAGCGACCACCAUUUGGAUCACACCACAAAAGCGCCCCCUCUGCAAGAUGACGUGGAGGCGCAAAGAUAUUAAGAGCCGGGGCCUGCUGUUCUUCCGCAUCCGUUUUCAUCACGCGAUGCCCGGUGCACAUAGAUGUUCUUCAUGGAAGGUACAUUCGCUGUAAUUGAAGUACGGAUACCAUUCAUUGUAUAAUAGCGUUCGUUUCAUACCACACGUACGAGCAGCACAAAUAAAACACGCCUAUAGUAUAUCGGCGCGGACGGAGGCUAAUCUGCAUGAACCAGUGUCAGAAAACAUGACCAUGAAGUCGGAACAGGUCCAGUCUGUGUAGCGCAUAGGCAGGUAUAAUCCUUCCAGUCGUGUCGUGUCGCCUCGAAUACCACUAACCCAGGGCAGGCGUCUUUCAGAGCUUUGCGCAUUUCGUCGCUGGGCUUGCAAGCAUGACCGCUUAUCGAUAUUUCUACGUGCACAAGCCUCGAUAAGCCGCUCAGUGCUUGCAGUGCACUUUUAGGGAAAUCGUUCGGGUUCCCCCAGAGAACGUCCAGAUAUAGGGUUGUCAAAGUUGGACGAUACUCGGACAGGAGGGCUGCAAGAAAAGCAGGCUCUUGGUCGGUACGGAAUAUCUCGAUGUCCAGCACUCUCAGAUCCCAACAUGCAAUUUU